AUGUUUACGAAGUUAAAGUUCCUCCUUCUUGCAACUUUAUUUUUCUCCUUAACACUUGGAGCCCCUUUUCAAUAUAUUCAGCUGGAAAGUAUUCAGCUGGAAAGUAAUCUUGCUCCUUUAGUGUCUUCAAGGAACGCUGAAGUAAUUCCUGACCAAUAUAUUGUUGUGUUCAAGAACCAACUUCCAAAGGAAAGAGUAUCAUACCAUCAUGAUUGCAUUCGUAACUUUGUUGAAGAGGAAAAUUUGAAACUUGCCAAGAGGGGUAUACUUGAUAAAUUGAUCCAUGGUAUUUCACAUAUUUAUGAUUUUAAGACCUUUAAAGGCUAUGCUGGUAGAUUCACAAAAGAUGUUUUGAAUAAGAUUAGACAAAGUGACGAAGUCGCUUGGAUUGAAAAAGAUCAAGUAGUCUAUGCUUCUGACAUUCAACGUAAUGCACCUUGGGGUUUGGCCCGUAUUUCUCAUCGACCGGCCUUAACAUUUUCAAAUUACAACAAAUAUCUCUACGAUCCACGAGGUGGCGAAGGUGUCACUGUUUAUGUCAUAGAUACUGGUAUUAAUGUCAAUCACACUGACUUCGAGGGUAGAGCUGUAUGGGGGGCUACGAUUCCUGAGAAUGAUGAAGAUAUAGAUGGUAAUGGUCAUGGUACUCAUGUUGCCGGAACAAUCGCUGGUAAACGAUAUGGUGUAGCAAAAAAGGCAAAAGUCGUUGCUGUAAAGGUUUUAAGAUCCAACGGUUCUGGUACUAUGUCUGACGUCAUUAAAGGUGUCGAAUUUGCUGCUGAAGCUCACCAACGAGAAGAAGAAAAUGCCCGUAAAAAUGGUCGUCGUUUCAAGGGGUCUGGUGCCAAUAUGAGUUUAGGUGGUGGUAGAAGUAAAGCUUUAGAUAUGGUCGUUGAUGGUGCUGUAGAUGUUGGUCUCAACUUUGCCGUUGCUGCUGGUAAUGAUAAUCGUGACGCUUGUGAUUAUUCUCCCGCUGCUUCACAAAAUUCUAUCACUGUUGGUGCUUCUACUAUUGGAGAUGAACGUGCUUGGUUCUCCAACCAUGGUUCAUGUGUUGAUGUUUUCGGUCCCGAUGUCACUUCUGCUUGGAUUGGUUCACGAACUGCUACCAACACUAUCUCCGGAACUAGCAUGGCUUCUCCCCAUGUUGCUGGCUUAAUUGCAUACCUCUUAGCUCUCCAACCUGAUAAUGAAUCCGAAUUCUUCUCUACACCUAUAACUCCAAAAGUACUCAAAGAUCUGAUCAUUGAGCUCUCUACAAAGAACGCUCUUGCAAAACUUCCUGCUAAUACCGACAAUUACUUGAUAUUUAACAACUUUAAUGAAUAA